UUUGCCUUUGGCUGAAUCGCUGAAGAACGUGAAGUCUUGAACCAGAACUGAGCGCCGAUAGAGAGUAGAGACGCGCUGCCCAGAGUCGCCGCCGAAUCGCUAUCCUUCCGUCGCAUCAGCAACCUCGCCGUACCAGAUCGAGGCUCUAUCGUCAAUUCUCGAUUGCAUUCUGGAAAUAGAUUUUCAGAUGGCAUCAGGUUGACGAUUCUUGUGAAUUUUUGUUAUUGUUGGCUUGUCGUGCACAUCGAUUGGCAGAGGAAACGUAAGGACAGAAGGUUAGGCUCAUUCCCUUAGUUUGUAUGCAUUUACAUAUGAGAUGGGUUCUAGAGGAAGGUUAUUAUUCGAUCUUAAUGAACCACCUACCGAUGAUGAUGAAGAGAGUGAUUGUGUCUUGGGCUCCCAGCCACAAAAGACACUUCCAUCCACAAAUCCGCCCACUUCUGAAAUUUUUGCUGAGUCAUCUGGUUCCCAAAGAAUUAUGAAUGCUUUCUCGCAUGCCUCAUCUGUAUCGGGUUUCCAGCCUUUUGUCCGUCCCAGAGUCGGUCAUGCCCUUGGAUCAGGUAUUGAGCAGAUGAGGGCCGGGGAUCAUAACCCUCAGGCUGCAUCCUCAUCCAAGUCAAGCAAUGGUGAGGAUAUGUGUGCAGUGCCCCCUGUUGAUGAUCAAGCUUUAGAAAGAGAAGAAGGAGAAUGGUCCGAAGCUGAGGCUUCUGUUGAUGCAUAUGCAAACAGUGAUUUGGGCGAGCAACCUCGAGCUUCACUAGAGCGGGGGACAUCUGAAGCAGUGAAUUCUAGUGUCUCUUGUGUGGGUAAUGAGAAUAUAUCUAGCAAUUCCAGCCGUUUCAAAUCUGAAAACAUCAAGGCUGAAAAUAUUGUUAAUCCUUCUGCUGAAAUGGAUCAGGAGCUGAAUGAAAAGAAAAGUAAUAGUAGUCGAAAUUUAGAAUACAAUAUUAAAGGGGACGAUUACCAGGAAGAGCCUACCCUUAUCCAGAAACAAAGAGAAGUUAAAGGUAUAGAAGCAACUCAUGCCCUUAAGUCUGCAAAUAAUCCUGGAAAGAGGAAGAUAGACCUGCACAAAGAGGCAAUGCUCGGAAAGAAACGUAACAGACAGACUGUAUUUCUUAAUUUGGAAGAUGUCAAGCAAGCAGGCCCUAUUAAAACGUCCACACCUAGAAGGCAGAACUUUCCAGCACCGGUUACCACUCGCAGUGUGAAAGAAGUUCGUGUGGCAGCUUCAACUUCUGAUCGUGUUGGAGAAAAACAAAGUCAGCCAAUAGUCAGGGAUCAGAAACAAGUUGACCUAUCUUGUACCGAAGGAAGUGCUGUGGAAUUAUGUGAAUCUAAACCUGACUGUAAUGGUGAUAUAAAUUCUGGACUGCUAACUAGGCCUAAGAGGCUAAACAGUGAUAAUGAUAUUUCAGCAGAGGUACCCUUGCCUCCCAUUCCGAGACAAAGUUCAUGGAAGCAGCCUAAUGACUCUAGGCAGUCAAAGAAUUCACCGUUUCCUGGCAGGAAGGCAGCUCUGAUAAGCCAGAGCUCUAUUGAUACAAAAUUAGGUAACAAAAAGAUCGUUCAAGCAAAGAAGGCAACAAGUGGUACUUCUCAAGAUACAACUGUGGAACGACUCUUACGAGAAGUGACCUGUGAGAAGUUUUGGCAUAACCCAGAGGAGUCUGAGCUUCAAUCUGUUCCUGGUCGAUUUGAAUCUGUAGAAGAGUAUGUAAGAGUAUUUGAGCCUUUGCUUUUUGAGGAAUGCCGAGCGCAACUUUACAGCACAUGGGAGGAGUUAUCUGAAUCGAAUCCAAGAGAUACCACCCAUGUAAUGGUCCGUAUAAAAAAUGUUGAAAGGAGAGAAAGAGGAUGGUAUGAUGUUAUAGUAUUUCCAUCAAAUGAAUGCAAAUGGGGUUUUAAGGAAGGUGAUGUUGCAGUUCUUUCAUCCCCCAGACCUGAAGCAGUUAGGUCCAGGAGGAACAACUCAAACUCACCCUCUAAUGGAGACGAUGAGGAGCCUGAAGUUAAUGGACGUGUGGCUGGUACCAUUAGAAGGUACAAUCCAGUCGAUACGCGUGAUCCUCUGGGGGCAAUACUUCAUUUUUAUGUUGGGGACUCGUAUGAUUCUAACAGCAAGGUUUAUGAUGAUCAUAUACUAAGGAAACUUCAGCCUAGGGGCAUAUGGUAUCUUACUGUGCUUGGUUCUACUGCCACCACACAACGCGAGUACAUUGCCUUGCAUGCGUUUUGCCGACUGAAUUCUCAGAUGCAAACUGCAAUCCUUAAGCCCAGUCCAGAACACUUUCCAAAGUAUGAACAACAGACCCCUGCCAUGCCUGAUUGCUUUACACAAAAUUUUGUUGAUCAUCUUCAUAGGAGUUUCAAUGGACCACAGCUAGCAGCAAUUCAGUGGGCUGCAAUGCAUACAGCUGCUGGUACAAGUAGUGGAACGACAAAGAGGCAAGAUCCGUGGCCCUUUACCCUUGUUCAAGGGCCUCCUGGAACAGGCAAGACUCACACAGUCUGGGGAAUGCUAAAUGUCAUCCAUCUCGUUCAGUAUCAGCACUACUACACUGCUUUGCUCAAGAAACUUGCGCCCGAAAGCUAUAAACAAGCUAAUGAGAGCAAUUCUGAAAAUGUUGUUGUUGGGUCAAUCGAUGAAGUUCUGCAGAAUAUGGAUCAGAAUCUUUUUCGCACUCUUCCAAAGCUCUGUCCAAAGCCUAGAAUGCUGGUUUGUGCUCCUUCUAAUGCUGCUACUGAUGAACUUCUUGCACGUGUUCUUGAUCGUGGAUUCAUCGAUGGUGAGAUGAAAGUUUAUCGGCCUGAUGUUGCUCGAGUUGGGGUUGAUUCACAAACACGUGCUGCCCAGGCAGUUUCUGUUGAGAGGCGAACAGAACAGCUUCUAUUGAAGAGUCGCGAGGAAAUUUUGGGAUGGAUGCACAAUUUGAGAGGUCGCGAAGCUAUGUUGUCUCAGCAGAUAGCUGGUCUUCAAAGAGAACUUAAUGCUGCUGCUUCUACUAUUCGUUCCCAAGGAUCUGUUGGUGUUGAUCCUGAUGUUCUUAUGGCUCGGGACCAGAAUCGGGACACAUUGCUGCAGAACCUUGCAGCCGUGGUUGAAGGCAGGGAUAAAGUUCUGGUUGAGAUGUCUCGCCUUGUCAUUUUAGAAGGCAGGUUUCGUGGUGGUAGCAGCUUCAAUUUGGAAGAGGCCCGUGCUAAUCUUGAGGCAAGUUUUGCUAAUGAGGCUGAGAUCGUUUUCACUACUCUCUCAAGCAGCGGUCGCAAGUUGUUCUCUCGCCUUACUCAUGGCUUUGACAUGGUAGUUAUUGAUGAGGCAGCCCAGGCCAGUGAGGUGGGGAUUCUUCCUCCCCUUUCGCUUGGUGCGGCUCGAUGCGUCCUUGUUGGGGACCCUCAGCAGCUUCCUGCUACAGUCAUCAGUAAGGCAGCCGGAACCUUGUUAUAUAGUAGAAGUCUCUUUGAAAGGUUCCAGCAAGCAGGAUGCCCAACAAUGUUGUUGUCUGUGCAGUAUAGGAUGCAUCCUCAAAUACGGGAUUUCCCCUCAAGGUACUUUUACCAGGGACGUCUGAUUGACAGUGACAGUGUUGCUAAUAUGCCUGAUGAGGGAUAUUACAAGGAUCCUUUACUUAAACCUUAUACAUUCUAUGAUAUCACCCACGGGCGGGAGUCCCACAGAGGUGGAUCGGUCUCUUAUCAGAAUUUACAUGAAGCAGAAUUUUGCCGUCGCUUGUAUGAGCAUCUACAGAAAACCCUCAAGUCGUUAGGUGUGAGCAAGGUUUCUGUUGGCAUAAUCACACCAUACAAGCUGCAACUGAAGUGCCUUCAACGUGAAUUUGAUCAAGUUCUAAAAACAGAAGAAGGAAAGGAUCUAUAUAUAAACACUGUAGAUGCCUUCCAAGGGCAAGAACGUGAUGUCAUUAUCAUGUCUUGUGUGCGUGCCUCAGGUCAUGGAGUUGGCUUUGUUGCAGAUAUCCGCCGAAUGAAUGUUGCUCUUACUCGUGCAAGAAGGGCUCUUUGGGUUAUGGGGAAUGCCAAUGCUCUGGUGCAGUCUGAUGACUGGGCUGCAUUAAUUGCUGAUGCUAAAGCAAGGAGCUGUUACAUGGACAUGGACUCCCUUCCCAAAGAUUUUGUGGGAUCGAAGGGGCCUACUUAUGGUCAUUUGUCAGGUAAAUUUUCCUCUGGUGCGAGAGGCUUGAGAUCAGCUGGCGGAAGGCAUAGAUCAAUGGAUAUGCACUUGGAAUCAAGAUCAGGAACACCAUCAGAAGAUGAGGAGAAAUCAGGUGCAUCAGUGAUUUCUAGGAAUGGAAAUUACAACCAUUACAGGCUUUGAAGGGGAGAAAGACAGCAUAUGGAAGGGAAGUGUGCAUCCUGGGAAUUGAUUAGCGGCCUCAAGAAAAUCAUCUGAGAAUCUUCAAGACGCUAUCCUCCUUUUGUGAACCAGGUCGUUGGUUGUGAUGGCUAAAAAAUACGUGAAAGUCGGAAACUAUGACCUGGUGGCUUUUUGGUCCCGGGUAUGCGACUGACUCAUUGGCGCUAAGGUAUAUUGUUGGUUCCUGGAUGGAGAUGGCUAACAUUGGAAAGAUGGUUAUGCGUUCUUUGCACUUGCAAAUGUACCAGUAUGCCAUUCAACGCAUUGGUCGGUUACUUGGUUGCAAGAUGGUUAAACCAAAAAUACUCUUUUCUUCCAGGUUUUUAGAAGGCGGAAGUAAUUGGAUACGCCCACAACAGGUACAGUUAGGAGACUGGCAUUGCUGUAUAGAAAAGAAACAAAGGAGUGUACAGGAUUUGUAUAAGCAAGCAUAUUCUAUUCGUAUUCGUAUACUUGAGAGGUGUUUUUCAUCUCCACUGACUUGUACACCCGAACUUCAGCCGUUGAAUCAUAGAAUUCUUUCAUUUUCUUCAA